AUGCGAACUUAUACCAGAAGACGAUCGCAAUAUCAGUUAAUCGAGGGUGUUCACGAACUGUGUAGACUGUGUAUGGCGAAAGCAAAUAAAUCAAUUCCUAUAUUCACUGAUACCAAUAACGUGUGUGUUUCCCUUGUUAUGAGGAUCAUGAUGUGUGUCGGCUUAGAGGUACGACUCUGUAUAACCCGUGAAGAGUGUCUUCCCAACAUUAUUUGUACACAAUGUUAUGAGGAAUUAAAUAAUUAUUAUGAAUUUAAGAAGAAAUGUGCUCUCACCUACCAAAAACUUAAGUCCCACAUGCUGGCUGUGAAACAAACGGAAACAAAAAAAACAGCAACUGUCAAAAUGAUGGAAAACGAUCAGCAGCUUGUUUCCGUAGAUAAUUUAGGUAACUAUAAAGAACAGGUCACGGUAGCAGUUACUACAAAUCAACCACUACAAAUUGAUUUGGAUAAUAUAACAAAUGAGGCUCUUAGAGAAGACAUAAUCCAAGAAAACCAAAUAACAGAAUGCUUACCUAAGCAGGUUGAUAGUCCCGAAGCUAGUUCGAGUUCAUCACCACCAGACAUAUCAGAAUUUCUUUCCACAUUAUUAUUAGAAUUACGAAUAUUAAAGAAAAUUGGGGAUGACAUUGUCCUGCAAGAUCCUAGUCUGAGAACAGUGGAAAUAGAAGCUGAAGAUGAAACAGUCAUCACUUUUAACAUGCUGGAGAUUGAAGAGGAGCAUCCAAUUGUGGAUCCACCGCCAAAGAGAAGUGUUAUUGUGCGACAUGUGACUGGUGAAAACGCGCAGUCUGAACUUAUACAUUCUGAAGUUGUUGAAGACGGGCGGCCGCGCUGCGCGCAGUGCGGCCGCGCCUUCGCGUCGCGCGGCGCGCUGCGGCGCCACGCGCGCGUGCACUCCGGCGAGCGCCCGCACGCCUGCGCGCUCUGCGGCCGCGCCUUCGCGCAGCGCGAGGUGCUGCGCCGCCACGAGCUCGUGCACAGAGAGGAGCGGCCGCACAAGUGCAGCGAGUGCCCCAAGAGCUUCACGCAGCGCGGCGCGCUGGCGGCGCACGCGCGCGCGCACGCCGCGCCGCACGCGCGCGCGCUCGCGCUGCACGCCUGCACGCGCUGCCCCAAGGUCUUCCUGCACGCCUCCGGCCUCAGCCGGCACACGCAGCAGCACAACGGGCGCGUGUUCGCGUGCGGCGCGUGCCAACGCCGCUUCAGCGACCACAGCUCGCUGCUGCGCCACCUGCGCCUGCAGCACCGCGCCGAACCCGCCCGAGCGGCGCCGCCCGCCCUAGCAGCGCCGCCCGCCCACACGGCGCCGCCCGCCCUAGCAGCGCCGCCCGCCCCCGUCGCGUCGACCAGCACUGCUGCCGCCCUCCAG